AUGCGGACGUUACACACAAUACUCUGUUUAUUGACCGCCAAUGUUGUCCUAGUAUUUGGUUCUAAAUUUUCUGAUCACUACAUACACGACUAUGUGAAAGAUGGACGCCCCGUAGAUGGACCGUUCCCGUCGAGUCUAAAGAAUAUGCCAUACAUGUGUUAUCAAGCACCAGUUAAAGGGCCGUGCAACUACAUGCAAGUGGCCUGGUUCUUUGAUGUAGUCAGACGAAAAUGUAUGAGGAUGUUCUACUCCGGCUGCGGAGGCAACGAAAAUAGAUUUGCUUCUGAACGAUCCUGCGAGCUGUUUUGUAAUAAAAAUAGACGAAUUUAA